AUGUCUCAACUUACCACACUAGACAAGUUCAAUAUUGCCAAAAUACAAAUGGAAACGUCCAAAAACAAGGAUAGUCCCGAAUACUGGAAAUUCAGAUUAGCCAUCAAAUUGAUUCAGGAUAUCUACAUGUUUCCUAGUGAUGAAAGUUGUAAAAGGGAAUUUUACGAUACGGUAUCCAAUGAUAAAAUGAGAGUUAUGGGUAGAGAGUUUAUUCCUGGAGAGAGAAGUGUUGUCGCUAAUGUCGAUUUUACUAUUGGAUCACAUAUUAUGGAUGUUUCUACAGUUGCGGUGCUUUUUGAUGAUUAUGGGGAUUCCCCACCGGUCUACAUUACAAGAUAUCAGGAAAUCUUCCAAUCUAUGCUCAUCGCCACCAGAACUAAUAAGGAGAUCAACAGGAUUAUUUUGUUGACAUUUUUGGUCAUGUUCAAUUAUUUGGAAGACAGUGAGUUUGCAAGCAAAGUCAAUAAUCUAUGUACUCAUCAACGACAGAUUCGCUUUGCUAGUGAUGUGAGGAAUUUUAGAGAUUCAAUUAAAUCUCAAAUGAUUGAUUUGUUUCAUUCAUACUUCAAGGCUUACUCGUUAGCUAUGGAAUUCUUCAAAAAGGGGCAAAUAAAAAUGGCCAAAAGUAGUUGGAAAUUUUUGGAAAAUUUAAUCAAUGUGGUUAUGGUUAAUCAUUCAGUCUUAAUGAAUCAUCAUCAUGAACGUAUUGGUAUAUUUUUGGAUCCUCAAUUUGCUAUAUUUAAUCACAGUUGUUUGCCAAAUUGUUUGCAGAUUGAAUCGGGGUAUAAACAAUACUCAGUGGUUAAUAGUUUGCCAAUUCAGGUGAAUGAAGAAAUUACUGUUAAUUACAUUGAUGUGAGUACCCCAGUUGAAAUUCGAGUCUACAAGUUAUUCACUAAAUAUCAUUUCCAUUGUCAAUGUCAAUUGUGCUCAAUGAAACAAGAUGUAUUCUUCACCAUGCAAUGCAAUGAGUGCUUAAAGCAGAUCAAAUCCUCUAGUUUAACUUCCGUGCUCACUACACCAAACACCAUCUUGAAGGAGCAAUCAUGUUCUAAAUGUUUUCACCCAUUUGACUUGGAUGUGUACACUCGACAAAUUCAAAUUCGAAAUUUCUUUAUUGCACUUAUUCUCAUUCCCAAAUCAAAUUACAAUAUCAAUGAUGAAGGGUAUUUUAGCUUGUUAUUGAAAGAAUUUUCUGGUCUAAUUGAAAGAAAUGGUGCAACUUCAUUGGUGAAGUUAUUGGUAAAAUCACUUGAAACUUUUCAAAUUGUUCCCACUAGGGUAUCAUUUAUAAAACACUUGAUUGAUGAAGUGAUGACGACAAAGGUGUUUGCGCUAUAUACUUUCCCUUUCAAUGUUAUUGUUCAAAAGAUUAGCAAUGACACUUGUGAAUGUAAUGACUUCGAUACCGGGUUGGAAAGUCUCAAGUAUUACGCACGAGUUCUUUUUGCAGUCAAAUUUCCUGCCGAUUUGAGUAGCCAAUUAUUCUUUGACGAAUGUGUGUUUUUGGAUCUAGCAUACCGGAUAGAGAAGUUGAUGUCAGUGCUAGUGGAGGAACAAGCUGAUACAUUUUUCGGUACAUUUGAGGAAUCGAUGGAAUUGUUUGCACGAUGUGCAUAUUUCUUUUAUAAACAUGUCAAGUGUAAAUUUGAAAUUGAAAAUGUCGAGGAAAAAUUGUUGCAGCUCCGCCAGGGCUAUCAUCCCGUUAAAUCAAAAAGGAGUAUUCAUUCGUGUUUGGAGAGAUUAUUUAGCUAUGCCAAUGCCAAUAUUUUUAUCACAAAGACUCGCUUUCUUAUAUUCAAUGCAAGACAAGAACAAGUCACCUUAUUUCAUACGUUUGACUCUGAUGACUACAUGUGA